UAGGCCUAUAAUUGUGAUAACCAUAUUAUGACCAAGUCGAUCCAGACUUGCCGAACUCCGUGAAUUGAGGCUAUUGUUAACUUUAUCUUGUUCUGUGAUUGCCCGACAUAGCCACAACGGCCAGGUUGAAGCCAACUCAAUCGAGCGUAAUGAUCUGGGAAUCUUAACAUUGCUCCUCAUUGUCGUUUCCAGUAACACGUAUUAGGUCUCGAAAAGGAAACUUUGGACUGUCAUAGGAAAUCAUAUUGUCACACACUCGCAUGCCUAGAUUCAAGUAAAAAUAUGGUACCCUGCCAAGUGCACGUGACCCCCUGAAAAUGGAAUUCACUCUGUGACGUCACACAAAUCGAAUUACUAUGCAAUUACACACCCAUAUCAUAAAUAUCUACUAACGAUAGCCGAGAGGGCCACUGUGCACCUAGACAGCUUACAGCCAAGCGAUAUCAUCACCCGUCUCUCAUCCAGUCUUAGAUCAUCAUCUCAAAAUGGCGCCAGCUAAUCCUCUCAUCCGAGAUAAGGCUUACAUUGGAGGUGAAUGGGUACCUGCUAAAUCAGGAGAGACCUUUGCAGUGACGAACCCUGCAACAGGUGAAGUGAUAGCCAACAUUGCAGACUGUGGUGCCGCUGACACUGAUCGCGCCAUUGAGGUCGCUCAUGCCGCUUUUAAGACAUGGAAGAAGACAACAGCAAAAGAAAGAGCUGCUAUCCUGAACCGUUUCGCAGGACUGAUGGAUAAAAACAAGGAGAAUUUGACCAACAUCAUCAUUGCAGAAAACGGAAAGAAAUUGUUUGAGGCCUCAACUGAAGCAAAAGGUGCUGCAGAAUUCCUUCGAUACUUUGCGGAAGAAGCGACGAGGACAAGCGGUGAAGUUCUGAUGCCACAUGACAAAAACAAGAGGGUCAUGGUUAUCAGACAACCAGUGGGCGUGGCUGGACUUAUUACCCCUUGGAACUUUCCGAUGGAGAUGAUAACUAGGAAGGCCGGUGCCGCUUUGGCUGUUGGGUGUACCGUCGUUAUCAAGCCAUCAGAGGACACUCCAUUUUCAGCACUGGCUCUCUGUGAUAUGGCGAAGGAAGCAGGUGUCCCAGACGGUGUCUUCAACAUAUUACCCUGUUCCAGAUCUAAUGCUCCAGCGAUAGGUAAAGUCAUGUGCGAAAGUCUGCUGGUAUCCAAGAUAUCUUUCACAGGCUCUACAGCCACGGGAAAGAUUCUGUUGGGUCAGAGUGCAAGCACAAUGAAGAAGGUGUCCAUGGAGCUCGGAGGCAAUUCGCCCCUAAUUGUCUUUGAUUCAGCAAAUCUUGAUGCUGCCGUGAUGGGAGCAUUUGCGCUGAGAUUCUACGGUUCGGGUCAGGUGUGCGUAAGUGCAAAUCGCAUCUUGGUGCAAGAAGGGAUCUAUGACAAAUUCUGUGAGAAGUUGAAGGAGUAUGUAUCGGGUCUGGUGGUAGGAGAUGGAUCUGAUCCAAAGACUACAAUGGGACCUCUCAUCAACCAGCGAGGUCUAGAGAAGGUAGAGAGGCACGUGCAGGAUGCGGUGAAAAAGGGCGCACGUCUCCUCACUGGAGGAUGCCGGUCAAAACUCGGAGGGAACUUCUUUGAACCCACUGUCUUAUGCGAUGUGCCUACAACUGCCCUUCCAUUUUCAGAAGAAACAUUUGGUCCAUUGGCUUCAAUAAUCAAGUUCAAGACUGAAGAAGAAGCAGUGACCAUCGCCAAUAACACUCGAAUGGGUUUGGCGGGAUACUUUUACUCCAAUGACCUCACUCAAAUCUGGCGUGUCGCUGAGGAGAUGGAGGUGGGUCAGGUCGGUAUCAACGAUACCUUCUUCUUCAAUGAAUGGGCCCCAUUCGGAGGCAUCAAGGAAUCUGGCUUGGGUGUGGAAUGUUCCAGAUUUGGCUUAUACGAGUUCCAGAACAUGAAGGUCUUGGGCUUUGGUCUCCUUUAAGCGUUAGCAAUGACACUGUCUGGUGUUUUUUUAAUGAUAAGAUACAACCAACAUAUGCACAAAUCAAGGUUCAAUAUCCUAAUUUUGCUUCAAGAGGAAGAGAAGGAGAUAUCAACCGAUGAAUUUAUUUGCUGAGUAAAUAAAAAAAUAUUUACACAAUUCAACAACUAAGUAUAGCAAUGAUAGUUUUAGAUCACGUAGCGUAUUUACUUCCCACAUCUUCUUUGUGAUAGUUUCCUCUAUAUUUCAUACCUGUGCAAAUAGUUGCAUUUCGUUUAUUCCAAUUUAAUUCUCAAAUUUUCAUUGUCAUUAAAUAUUGAUUGUGCAUGUGCAGGGUGAUUGAUUGUCAGUUGCCCUAUGUCUAGCCAUUUUUUACCCCGUAAGAUAAAAGUGGGACCUUGGCUUCCCUAGCCGAAAGAUUUGUAAUUAAUCGCAAAAUGGUAAUUCCCAAAUAAGGUAAUUGUUGCAUGCGCUUUGCUAAAAAACUAAGCAGGCCGGGACGAAUCAAAAUUAUUCUUUAUUAUUUGAAAAUAUUUUAUUUUGCAAAUGUUUGAUAUGUGUAGCGGAUAUCCUGAAAUGAUUUGUCAUAUUAUUGUGCAUAUAUUAUAAGACUUUAUUAUCAGAGUGAUGCAUUUUUGGAAAGAUUCCAGUAGACCAGGUUUUGAGCUUGCGUUCUUCAAGAUGGUUGCAGGAUAUUGACUUUAAACUGGUCUUCUAGAAAUUUGAAAUGUUCUGGAGAAAGAAUACUUCUUCACUAACAAGACAUAAUCUUUUCAGACGCCAAUUCAUUAUCAUUCAUAUUGAAAGUGAAAAUAUGAAUGAGUUGAAGUUUAUUCAAUAUGUACGAUGGUGAUGCAACUAUGAGUUGCAUGGUCAUGGUUGACUACAAUAAUUAGUGUGUUGAUUGUGUCUCC